UUUUGGACUUGGGAUUCAUUCAUUCAUCGCAAUCAUAAUGGCUGGCACAAUGGGCGCUUCGGCUGCAGUGCUGCGACUGCUCUCAGACUACAAGCACGUCCAAGCGGAUCCACCAGAGGGCUGCUCUGCCGCGCCGGUCAGCGAAGACAACCUCUUCCAAUGGAACGCCGCAGUCUCAGGACCGGAAGGAACGCCGUGGGAAGGCGGCAUCUACAACAUGCACCUUGCAUUCAGCGACAACUACCCGACCAAGCCACCCAAGAUCCGGUUUGUGAGCGAAAUGUUCCACCCCAAUAUCUAUUCGGAUGGCUCGAUUUGCCUCGACAUUAUCCAAGACAAGUGGUCGCCAAUCUACACCAUCUCGUCCAUUCUGACAUCGAUUCAGUCGCUGUUGGCAGACCCAAAUAUCAACUCGCCUGCCAACCCCGAUGCAGCAAGUCUGUACAGCAAGGAUAUCAAGGCCUACAAGCGACGUGUCCGUCAAUGUGCCGAGCGUUCCAUCAACUGAUGGAGUGUUUCGUCAAGGUUUUUUGUUCUUCCGUCUACUUUUGCAAGCACAUUGUGCGCCCGUUCCCUGUAGAGGGGAGGGGUUAUUGAUAUGCCACUAUGGUUUCCUGCUUUUUCUUACGGCUACAGUAUGGCACCCGAAAUAAACAAAAUCUACUAUAUUGCUAUGAAAA